ACAGUCUCCUACACAUAUUCAUCCUCCAGUCAGACUAUUGGUGCUUCCAGCAAGGUCCAAGACCGAAGUAAGUCGUAUCUUCCACUCAUGCUCUCAGUGUCAGAUACUAGCUAGAAGUCCGAACAAUGCUGACGCAUCGAAGAUACUAUACACCAGCAAGACUCUCUAGCAAACCCAUCAAACUCCGCUUCGAGAUGGCCAACUCUCGGAUCUUGUCCGCAUUCACGGUCUUUAUAGCUGUCUUCCUCACUUACCUGACGCCAACACUUGCCCUAGCCACUGACCCAAAAACUGGUGAAAUCAUCUGCAUCCCGACAAACAACCCAAACAUUUGCCAAGCACGAGUCACCAUUUACUACGAAAAUGGAGCUUGGCCAUAUUACUCUAAUGCCGACUACCCCUACAAUAACCACAAGUAUCCUGACAACUACUAUGAUGUCUGGAUCGAUGUCUUCGACCCGGUUUGCAUCCAUCUUGGAAUUGCUGUUGGUGGCCAAAAUAGUAUGUAUAACCCUUUCUGGCUAAUUUCUGGUUCUCAUGCUGAUUCUGUGUACCAAAGGUCAUAUCUCCGUCGAUUCUGAGCUACCAUGGACCGUGGAAAUGGACCUACCACUCGGCUAUGCAAGAUGGGAUGAGACGACGGGUUGGUAUGCUGGUCACCAACUCUGGCCAAGUAACAAUGUCGUCACCUACCUGGACCCUUUCACGCCGACACCUUGGGGAGGAAUGACGACUGCCCUGUACGGAUUUCCUUGCUAGAGGCUAUCUG